UGUUUACUUUCAUUUUCAAUUAUUUACCUGAUCCUGGGACCAAUAGCUAAGGGUCAAUCCUACUCCCAGCCUGACCUGAAAAUGUCAUCCGAGGUGGAAUGGCGGAGGAGAUGGAAGCCGACUUUGAACGCAGUUCCAUGGCAACCACUGAAAGUAGAUGGAACUGUUUAUUUAAUUAAGUACAAGUUUUCAACCGACGCCUACGAAAUACUUGUCACUGAUUUUACACAUUUUUGGUACGAGGAGUUGUCACAAAAUGCUCUCAAAAAGCGAGUAAAGAAACUAAAUCCAGGCAUUGAAGCUCCAUUGACAAGAAUCCUAGAUCAAAUAAAGAGCUGUCUGGACAAAACACAGGAGGAUGCCAAAACAUCAUUAAAGUUGUCCUACAAACCAGACAGUGAAAGUGGAGAAUGUUCUGUUGCUAUGGCGAUAGAGUCCACCCUGGCAGGGAUGCCCUUUACCUGGAGCUUCCUCUGCAGACCAGCUGAGACCAGAAUGGGCAGUGAGCAUCUGGUCGUUCCACUGCUGGCUAUGGUGUGUGAGCUGUCAAGGCGCCAACAGGAGCUCACCAAGGUUGUACAGUCAAAGGAUCGGGAAAUCGAGGACUUGAAAGCCCAGGGAGCUAAACCUUCACGUAAACAUAUAGAGACACCAAAAUUUGUAGAGACAGCUUUUGAGAUGAACAUGAUGACAUCCAAGGAUUUUGAGAACCAUAUGAAGUCAUGUGAAACUGACGCGUUUGAUGUGCGUGGUCAGGACUUGUACCGACAGGUGGUCAGUAAACGAGCCUGGAUUAACAGAUCUCCCACCAAAGCCGGGGCGGGUGAGGAUGAGAGCCUUCUGGAUGACAUGUCAAGUGCCGAGGGGGCGGGGCCAGCCAAGGGGAGGGGCUCGAUGGGAGGGUCCUGGGGCAACUCUCGCCUGCCCCCCUCCCUCCAGCAGUCCCGCUCGCCCAACAAGUCACCCACCAAAACACCAAGCCCGGCCAAGUCAUCAAAGUCAUCCAAUAGUAACACACCUGAGACCUCUCCUGUUAAGGACUCUGAGAUGUUACGCCGUGCAGCCCUGGAGAGAAGGCUGGAAGAGGAAGAAGCUAAGCAUGUUGGGAAGGCUCGCAAGAAGAAGAAAAUCGCUUUCUGAUUGGAUGAAAUUUGGACUCGUUAGAAUUUCUAUUUAGAAAUUUAAGAAGAAAGAAGCUAAGCAAGAAAGGGGCACAAAAAAGAUUGCUUUUUGACUGGAUAAUAUUUAUACCAAUCAGAACUGAUUGUUCCAUUUUAAAUUUUGGAAAGUAACGGGAAGGUUCACAUGAUUAAUUGAAUUUCAUUUGAGUUCAUUUAUGUGAGUUGUUUCAAAUAACACCAAUAAUCUGCACUUGCCUGAAUGUGACACUGUGUUGGGCUAGUAGAUUUAUAUGUCCGGCUUGUAUGAUUUUGUUAUGGCUUCUACAUUAGAAUACAAAAGAUUGGUCUAAAAUCUGAUAGUCUGGAAAACUGCAUUAUGCACAGUUAUAGUGAGAAAUACAUAAACUAAAUAAUACCUGAAUAAGAAGUUAUUAUUUCAUUGUUAUAACAUUCAACAUUUUCAGGGAAACACUUCCUAAAGUCAUAUUUCAUAUUCUGUUGUAUGGAAAGAUGCUCUCAGGAAAACAUACUAAGAUAUAAAAUAGUGUGUGUGCCUCUAUACGCCAGAUGGCUGGUUGAAACGUAUGAACCUGGGACUCAAAACUCUCUAGCUAUGGAACAUUAUAAACAAGAAGUGCUAGACAACAUUAAGAAAACUUUCACUAAGUUAUAGAUUGUAUAAAGCACAGUUUUGUGCAGUAGUGAAGUUUGAACACAUGUAUAUAAACAGUUCUGUGUCUGUUGUAUGUACACAUUUAUACAGCACAAUAGUGUGUGUGUAGUUUGUACACAUUUAUACAAACAGUUGUGAGCAUGUUGUUUGUACACAUUUAUACAAACAGUUGUGAGCAUGUUGUUUGUAUACACAUAUGGCAUAGUUUGUGAAAUGAAUACAACAGAGUUUUGUGGACUAAUGUGUACACCUGUAUUCAAACAGUUUUGUCUCCUGUAUUUUUUUCUGUCUUGCUAACUUUUAAUGUAUAAUUUCUUUGUAAUUUUCUGUAGGUCAGUUAGUGAUUAUAUAAUAGGUGUUCAAAUGGCAUGUCAACGUGACUAUUAUUGUACCUUUAAAUAGUAAUUUAAAAUGAAUUAUGAUGAAUGAAAUAUAUGCAGCAAUGUGUUAAUAUUGACUGUCUGAUUUACAUCUGUGCAAUAUGUAUUAGAUUUUAUAUGCACAAAUUUGUUUGUUAGUAGUAAGUAAAUCAUGUUGAUAAUUUGAAAUGAAAUUAAUAUACAUAUCGAUAAUUUUACUCAUCCAUCAAUGUUAUAGAUACAUACAUAUUUUAUUGUCACGGCUGGGCCUGCAGCACUCAACGUCUUACAGAGAAAUUAAGAAUUGCCGUUUUGAGUCUCGAGUUUUCAACAGACUAAAGACGUUAGUGCAUAUGGGCCCAGUAGAUAAGAGUCUGUUCUUUAAUCAAGCAUGGCUCAUAUCUGUAUAUAUUCUCAUGGAAUAGCAUCAUAGUUCAAUUUGAGAGCAAUGUAUUACCAAAUGUACAUUCAAAUGAAUAGAUUUGCAAAAACAAUUCAACUAUACUAUAAAGAAAUGAGAUUUGUAUUUAUAUGUACCUCAUCUCGACAUUACCUCCUUGCAGACAAGCACAUACCUCGACGAUCUUUAUGAAAUGUAAUUCAACAACAAGUUACUUUGGUAAUCGACUUAUCGCACGUGAAAGCAGAUUGGUUGCUAAUGGACUUUGUUUGUUCCAGUUCUUCACAAAAAUUUUACUAUCUUAAGUUUUGAAUACAGCUGCAGAUGUGUAAACAUUAACUAUUCCAGAUGUAAUGUUAUACGGUUAUUAGAUCCAUUGGUUUUCUUGUGUUGGCAACAUUUUGUAGUUCAAUGUUGAUUUAAUGUGUACUAUUUGUCUGCAUAUAUCGUUUUUUUACUUUCAAAGGUAUUUAAAACUACCAUGUUUUAUGUUUAUAGAUACAUGCUAUGUUAAUAAAAUUAGUUUAUACUAUAGCAACAU